GAUCAUCCUAUUUGAAGUGAAACUUCGAAACGGUCAGGUCACAGACUAUUUAGUACUACUCGUCGACUUUAGUUAAACACAAAAUCUAUCAACAUGGGUGAUGAAGAUGUUGCAGCUCUUGUCAUUGACAAUGGAUCUGGUAUGUGCAAAGCUGGUUUCGCUGGAGACGACGCUCCUAGGGCCGUUUUCCCAUCCAUCGUAGGAAGGCCAAGACAUCAAGGUGUCAUGGUUGGUAUGGGACAGAAGGAUUCAUAUGUUGGUGAUGAAGCCCAGAGCAAGAGAGGUAUCCUUACCUUGAAAUACCCAAUUGAACACGGAAUUGUCACUAACUGGGACGAUAUGGAGAAGAUCUGGCAUCACACUUUCUACAAUGAACUUCGUGUUGCACCAGAGGAGCACCCAGUACUUCUCACAGAAGCUCCAUUGAAUCCAAAGGCCAACAGAGAAAAGAUGACCCAGAUCAUGUUCGAAACCUUCAACAGCCCUGCAAUGUACGUCGCCAUUCAGGCUGUCCUCUCAUUGUACGCCUCUGGUCGUACCACUGGUAUUGUCCUCGACUCUGGUGAUGGCGUCAGCCACACUGUCCCAAUCUACGAAGGUUACGCCCUUCCUCACGCCAUCAUUCGUCUCGACUUGGCUGGACGUGAUCUUACUGACUACUUGAUGAAGAUCUUGACCGAGCGUGGCUACUCUUUCACCACCACCGCAGAACGUGAAAUCGUUCGUGACAUUAAGGAGAAGCUCUGCUAUGUCGCCCUCGACUUCGAACAGGAAAUGCUCACUGCAUCCACCAGCUCAAGCUUGGAGAAGAGCUACGAACUUCCUGAUGGUCAGGUGAUCACCAUUGGCAACGAACGAUUCAGGUGCCCAGAGACCCUCUUCCAACCCUCAUUCAUUGGUAUGGAAUCAAGCGGUAUCCACGAGACCACAUACAACUCCAUCAUGAAGUGCGAUGUCGACAUCCGUAAGGACUUGUAUGCCAACACCGUCUUGUCUGGAGGUACGACUAUGUUCCCAGGUAUUGCUGACAGAAUGCAGAAGGAAAUUGCUGCCCUCGCACCAUCAACCAUGAAGAUCAAGAUCAUUGCCCCACCAGAGAGGAAGUACUCUGUAUGGAUCGGAGGUUCCAUCUUGGCCUCACUCUCCACCUUCCAACAGAUGUGGAUCUCCAAGCAGGAAUAUGAUGAAUCUGGCCCAUCAAUCGUCCACAGGAAGUGCUUCUAAAUAGAAGAACUUUAGUGCUCUUGCCGUUUCUGUUUCACCUUCUCACGCCUAUCCUUGAUAUAUAUGGUUGAUAAUUUUGCAAAUCUUUCAAUGUUAGUUUUGUAUUGUGUAUAUAAGUCAGCGACUCAACUGAUGGGGUAGAACUUUUGAAACGAACUCUGUACGCAUGCAAAAGGAAUCUAAACCCAGCACUUUUCUUACUAAAUUUUUUUCCAAUUUCGUCUUCUUUGCUUGCAAAAUUAACGCUAUAUGUACUAAGGUCAAGUAAUUGUAAAUUUCUAAAUUCGACGUUAUUUUUGAAGACAGUUUAUAAAUCGCAA